AUGGACCACUGGGAGCACUAUAACCCGUACAACGCAGCCUUCAACAAGUCGACGGGCCUCUCAGGGACUGUGUCGCCUCUGGACGCCACCUUGGAACUGGACCCACUGCCACAACAACACAACCAUUUCGAAGGCCCACUGCAUAUAAUAUACAAUGAUACAGACACUACCAUCAUACGACAAGCUUCCCUUUCUCUCUCGCUUUCUCCUUCUCUUUCAGAUGUAGAUAUGGACUCGAACUCGGACACGGAUUCGGUCUCGGACGCUGAUUCCAUUAUCGCUACAAAGGACGGAAUAAAGGGCGCCAGGAUUAAGAGAUCUCAUAUAAGGAAAUACUCGUUUUGCGUGCUGGGUGCAGCGAUAAAGGAACAACACAGCGAGCUCCCCAUCAACACCCAGCAGAAGAUCGAUCUGAGAAGGUAUCAUAGACAUUCGUUCCCUUUCAUCUCGACGCAUGUCGCCAAUUAUCAACCGUAUACGUCGUGUUCUUCCUCGAGCGUGAGUUCCGAGGAUGAAGACGAAGAGGACGACGGCGAUGAUUCCCAAAAUUAUACAUAUAACUCAUUUAGACCAACGGCUCAUGGAGCAACUUGUUGGUGA